AUUUUAUGGGGCCGGGAGGGGCCAUUCUAGGAUCUCACUUCAUUAGAGUCUGUCGAUUGAUGGCGCUCACUUUGUACACAUGUACUUGCAACCGUGCAACGUGUUAUCGUCCUCUUGCUGCAAACAUAUGCUGAUUAGGGUGCUUCGAUUAUCGCUCACAACACGUGUACCACAGACCCACUUCCUUGUUGCCAGCACAGUGAACGGUCCAAGCAUUGAGGGUGCAUGUGCGGACUUUCAGGCAACGCGCGCUGGGUGCAGUCUGAAGUCACAGGACCAAAAUCAGCCACGGACCUCGUUGUACUAUUGAGAGGAAUUGACUGAUUUGCCUCCUCCAAGAUCGACUGCAAGAAGGAUCACAUGAUGGAACUCCGUCACCGAAAACUGGGGCCCAAGGAGAGUUUGCAGGAACUGGGCCAAGGGCAGCGUAACAAUGUCAAUUUUACCGGAAGAAGAUCUUUGAACGAACAGAGGAUGCUAGUUUCACGAAACAAUACCACGGAGAAACUUUUCGUCUGUGAUCUUUGCAGCAAAGCCUUCCCAAGGAUGGCAUCCGCCAGGCGCCAUCGAGAGACACACUUCGAUGUCGUCAUGAGUGUGACUAUUGCGACAAGUCUUACAGACGUAUGGCCGACCUCGACCACCACAAGGAUACGAAACACGAGAAGGAGGAAAAGCAAUGUCAAGAUGACAUCUGCGACAGAGACGACCGUGACAGAGAUGACCGCGAGAGAGACGACCCCGACAGAGACGUCUGCGACAGAUAUGACCGGGAGAGAGACGACCGUGACAGAGAUGAACGUGAGAGAGACGACCGCGACAGAGAUGACCGUGACAGAGAUGACCGCGAGAGAGAAGACCCCGACAGAGACGUCUGCGACAGAUAUGACCGGCAGAGAGACGACCGUGACAGAGAUGACCGGGAGAGAGAUGACCGCGACAGAGAUGACCGCGACAGAAACGAUCGCGACAGAGACGACCUAGUGUCACACGAGCAGGUACACGAUGGCGACAAGAAAUUUGUUUGCGACAUUUGCUCCAAGGCUUUCACAAGUUGUAGCCAUCUCAAGCGUCACCUGGUCACCCAUAGUAGCAGACCAUACACCUGCGACACUUGUAAGCGGGUCUUCUCGACGCGCUUCGGUCUUGAACAGCACGAGAAAUGUCAUUCUAGUGACAGACAGUACGUGUGCGACAUUUGUGACAAACGAUUUCGUCGCGAGAUUGAUUUGACUUAUCACGAGCGAACUCACACUGGCGACAAACCGUACGUUUGUGAUCUGUGUCAGAAGUCGUUCUCGCAUAAAAACACUUGUGCACGCCAUCAGAAAUUACAUUUUGGCAAGACAAGGCACGUCUGUGUCAUUUGUGAUAAGGCUUUCACGAGAUCUUCUAACUUGAAGAACCACCUGUUGAUGCAUGCUGAAGAAAAACCCUGUAAGUGUGAUCUUUGUGACAAAUCGUUCGUGGACAGCAGAAGCCUGGCCAACCAUCAACGACAACACCAAGACAAGAGACCGUUUGAGUGUGACACCUGCGGCAAAGGUUUCACGAGAAAGCACGUAUUUAUCUCACACAAGUUCGCUCACGCAAGGCCAUUCAAAUGUGACGUUUGCCAGCAGAAAUUCUACAGCGAAUCCGACCUCUCCGAACACAGACAAGAUAUGCACGAUUCUAACGGGAAGCCGUUUGUUUGUGACAAGUGCGAGCGAGGCUUUGCCCGACUUAGCCUGCUAACCACACACAAACAUAUACACGCUGACGAGAAACCGCUUGCUUGCGACCUCUGUCCAAAUAUUUACCAGAGAAGAUCGUCACUUCGACGGCACAGGAAGAGUCAUUUUGAUGAGAGACGGCAUGCUUGUGAGUUUUGCGAUAAAGCCUUCACUCGCGCCGACGCUUUAAAAAGUCACCGAAGGUCCCACACAAAAGAAAGACCGUACAAGUGUCCCAUGUGCCCCAAGACAUUUGCCAGCUCUCCGAAUCUAAAUGCACAUAAGCAGAUGCACAGUGACGGACGACCAUACGUGUGUGGUAUUUGCUCCAAGGAUUUUAAGUAUAAGGCAACUCUCAAGCGUCACAAGAACUUCCACACCAACAAAAGACCGUACGUCUGCGAUAUCUGCAACAAAGCAUUCCCGCGGACCUGCGAACUGAAACAACACAGAGCGACGCACUCGGCCGAAAAACCGUUCGCGUGCACCUUGUGCGACAGUCAUUUUGCCGCCACACAUCACCUUAAACGUCACAUGCUGUGUCACACGAAAGUAAGACCUUUCAAAUGUCCCAUUUGUUCCAAAGAUUUUACUACCAAGGCCAGCAUGAAGCGCCACUCGUUCACGCAUAACAAAGAAAAGCGAUAUGGCUGUCAUAAAUGCGACAAACCAUUCGCCCGCCUUAUUACCCUUAAGCUGCACCUGAAGGUCCACACUAGUGACAAGCCAUUUGUGUGUAAAUCUUGUGGUAGAGCGUUUGCCACGAGCACUGAGCUUGGACAGCAUUGGGCUACGCACCCAGAAAAGAAAGCCUUCGUCUGUACCAUCUGCGAUAGACGUUACGCAGUGAAGAAGUCCCUGACGACUCAUAUGCGGACCCACUCAGACAAACCCAAACCACACGUCUGUGAGUUUUGUGGAUAUGCUUUUUGGCUCAAAAGCCAUCUUACCAAUCACCGCCGGAUCCACACGAAAGAGCGACCGUUCAAGUGCGACAUUUGCGAGCGAUCGUUUGCCCUGGCUUGCACCCUUGCCGAUCACAAGACGACGCACACGGACGAGAGGCCGUAUCCUUGCGAUAUCUGUGGUCGAGCUUUCAGACGAAUUGUGAACCGAAACGUUCACAGAAACCGUGUUCACAAAAAAGACGCUACGCCAAUCAUAUGACAAGUUUCUUCUUCUUCUUCUUCUUCUUCUUCUUCAUUCAUGAUUCACUUUAAUGAUGACUUGAUGAGUUGGGCCCAACUGUCCCUGUCAAGCAUAGUGUCGGAAAGAGAUGGACGUCGUUGCUAGGUAAAAGGACGCCCUCUUUUUAGUGCACGGAGCCAUAAACACUAUCCACUCCACUCUAACCUUGUUUAGUAAUUAAUAAACAAAAUUACCGAACACAGUUUUUGCAGUGUGCAUUUAUAAUAAAAAAAAGGGUUUGUUCUCGUACUUUGAUGUUACAUGCCGCUUUUGGUAUACGUCUGACACAGAAUAUCAGCCGAAAAAAAAACACAGUGUAAAUUUGCCUGCAUUGAUACAAAUCAUUUAUCUUUUCUUUGAUUGCUUUUUUUCUGUGAGCUAUACGAAAUCUACCUGUAAAUACAAACGUUUGCGUCGUUCACAUUUUCUACGAAACUGCAAUCUUCAGUUAUAGACGACUGAAUCUUUCGACAUGCUGUUUAAUUUCUUAUUGUCAGCAGCUUUUUAAGCAAAAAAGGCGCAACUUUUUUUUACAUUUACUUGGUUAAAUUCUGGUGCUUUUUUUUAAUUGCCUGUUGGUCAGUUUAAGAGAGCGAGGCACUGGCAUGAUGUAACUUUACCUUCCAACAAGGGCGGAUCCAGAACACAUUUUGUUGGGGGCAAAAAAAAUGGUGGUCCCCAAGAAAGUAGGUCCAAA